UGACAAGAGCAGAAAAUUACACGACGAGAGAAACAGAGAAAAAGUUUGACAGUUUUUGUUCCACUGAAUCGUCUGAAACAAUCAAUAAAUUCAUUGUGAAGUAUUUUGUAGGUGAUAUUCUAGUCAGUAAAGAGGAACAUCAACAGUUCUUGACAGGUGUUCAGUGGACUGUUCAGAUGAUGUCAUGGACUCCACAAAGGAUCUCAGUGGACAGACAGACACAGGGAAGGUCAAGAGUCAACUCCAUAUGAAGAGAUCAGACUCACCGGAGUCCAGCUGUGUGUCCAUGAAGAGUGACCGGUCUAUGGAUAAGCCAUUAUAUUUUAAGGGUGAACACACAUCAUCUGGUCUGAGUCAACUCCAUAUAAAGAGAUCAGACUCACCGGAGUCCAGUUGUGUGUCCAUGAAGAGUGACGUGUCUAUGGAUAAGCCAUUAAAAUUUAACGUUGAACACACAUCAACUGGUCUGAGUCAACUACAUAUGAAGAGAUCAGACUCACCGGAGCCCAGCUGUGUGUCCAUGAAGAGUGACCGGUCUAUGGAGAAGCCAUCACAUUUUAAGGGUGAACACACAUCAACUGGUCUGAGUCAACUCCAUAUGAAGAGAUCAGACUCACCGGAGCCCAGCUGUGUGUCCAUGAAGAGUGACCAGUCUAUGGAUAAGCCAUCACAUUUUAAGGGUGAACACACAUCAUCUGGUCUGAGUCAACUCCAUAUGAAGAGAUCAGACUCACCGGAGUCCAGCUGUGUGUCCAUGAAGAGUGACCGGUCUAUGGAGAAGCCAUCACAUUUUAAGGGUGAACACACAUCAUCUGGUCUGAGUCACUCGCAACAUGUUGAAGUCCAAAACACAUUCAAAUCCAAUCUGCUGAAGAAGUUUCAGUGUUUGUGUGAGGGAACAGCAAAGCAGGGAAACCCAACACUCCUGAAUGAGAUCUACACAGAGCUGUACAUCACAGAGAGUGAAAGAGGAGAGAUCAAUAAUGAACAUGAGGUGAGACAGAUUGAGACACAAUCCAGAAGAGCAACAACAGAGGACACACCAAUCAAAUGCAAUGACAUCUUCAAACCAUUACCUGAACAAGACAAACCCAUCAGAACUGUGCUGACUAAAGGAGUUGCUGGAAUUGGAAAAACUGUCUCUGUGCAGAAGUUCAUUGUGGACUGGGCUGAAGGGAAAGCCAAUCAGGACAUCCACAUCAUAUUUCCACUUCCUUUCAGAGAGCUCAAUCUGAUGAAGCACAAAAAACUCAGUCUUUCAGAUCUUCUUCAGGAUUUCUUCAGUGAAACAAAAGAAAUGGAAAUAUCCAGAGAGGAAUAUAAAGUUUUCUUCAUCUUUGAUGGUCUGGAUGAGUGUCGUCUGUCUCUGGAUUUUCAGAGCAAUGUGAGAUUGUGUGAUGUCACUGAAUCAGCCUCAGUGGAUGUGCUGCUGACAAACCUCAUCAAGGGGAAUCUGCUUCCCUCUUCUCUCAUCUGGAUCACCUCCAGACCAGCAGCAGCUGAUCUCAUCCCCUCUGAGUGUGUUGAUCGGGUGACAGAGGUACGAGGAUUCAAUGACCCACAGAAGGAGGAAUACUUCAGGAAGAGAAUCAGAGAUCAGAGUCUGGCCAACAGAAUCAUCACACACCUGAAGUCAUCAAGAAGCCUCUUCAUCAUGUGUCACAUCCCAGUGUUCUGCUGGAUUUCAGCCACUGUUCUCCAGAGACUGUUGCGUAAAUCAAAGAGAGGACAGAUCCCCAAGACUCUCACUCAAAUGUACACUCACUUCCUGAUCAUUCAGACAAACAUCAAACAUGAGAAGGACUAUGAGAAGAAAAGUAAAAACAGAGACAUGAUCCUCAAACUGGGGAAACUGGCUUUUAAACAGCUUGUGAAAGGCAAUCUGAUCUUCUAUGAGGAAGACUUGAGAAAGUGUGACAUUGUUGUGACAGAAGCAUCAGUGUACUCAGGAUUGUGCACUCAGAUAUUCAGAGAGGAGUUUGGGUUGUAUCAGGGGAAAGUGUUCUGCUUUGUUCAUCUGAGCAUUCAUGAACAUCUAGCAGCUCUAUAUGUGCACCUUUCCUUUACAAACAGCAACAUGAAUGUGUUUGAACAAAUCACCAAACAAAGACUAUUCUCCAAAGUUUUAAAGUUGAUGAAACAGAAUUCAUCAAAACAGGUUUCUAUGUUUGACCUGCAUCAGACAGCUGUGAAUGAGACUUUAAAGAGUAAGAAUGGACAUCUGGAUCUCUUCCUUCGUUUCUUUCUGGGUCUCUCAUUGGAGUCUAAUCACACUCUCUUACAAGAACUGCCGACACAGACAGGAAGCUGCUCCUACAACAAAGAGGAAACGGUGGAGUACAUCAAGCAGAAGAUCAGGGAGAAUCAAUCUCCAGAGAAAUCCAUCAAUCUGUUUCACUGUCUGAAUGAACUGGGUGAUGAUUCACUUGUGACGGAGAUCCAAGAUUAUCUGAAAUCUGGAAAAAUAAAAGAAACAAAACUCUCCUCUUCACAGUGGUCAGCUGUAGUGUAUGUGUUGAUGACCUCAGAGCAGGAGAUGGAUGAGUUUGAUCUGAAACAGUUUAUUGGAGCACAAAAUAAAGCAGAUGAAGUUCUUCAGUAUCUGCUGCCUGUGAUGAAAGAAUCUAGAUCAGUUCAUCUGAUGGGCUGCAAUCUGACAGAGAAAAGUUGUUCAGCACUGGCCUCGGUUCUCAGCUCAAACUCCUCAAGUCUGAGAGAGCUGGAUAUCAGUAACAAUGACCUGCAGGAUUCAGGAGUGAAGCUGCUCUCUGAUGGACUGAAGAGUCCUCAAUGUACACUGGAAAUACUGAGAUUAUCUGGCUGUAUGGUGACCGAGGAAGGCUGUUGUUCUGUGGCAUCAGCUCUGAGAUCAAAUCUCUCAUGCCUGAAAGAGCUGGAUCUGAGCUACAAUCACCCAGGAGAAUCAGGAGUCAAGCUGCUCUCUGAAAGACUCAACGAUCCAAACUGCACACUGGACAAACUUAAUCUGAUGGGAUGCAAUCUGACAGAGCAAAGUUGUUCAGCACUGGCCUCAGUUCUCAGCUCAAACUCCUCAAGUCUUAGAGAGCUGGACCUGAGUAACAAUGACCUGCAGGAUUCAGGAGUGAAGCUUCUCUCUGAUGCACUGAAGAGUCCUCACUGUACACUGGAAAUACUGAGAUUAUCUGGCUGUAUGGUGACAGAGAAAGGCUGUUGUUCUGUGGCAUCAGCUCUGAGAUCAAAUCUCUCACGCCUGAAAGAGCUGGAUCUGAGCUACAAUCACCCAGGAGAAUCAGGAGUCAGGCUGCUCUCUGAAAGACUCAACGAUCCAAACUGCACACUGGACAAACUUAAUGUGGAUCAUGGAGGAGAGUUCAGGAUUACAGCAGGACCACACAAAUAUGUCUGUGAUCUCACACUGGAUUCAAACACAGCACACACUGAACUCAUUCUGUCUGAGGGGAACAGGAAGGUGACACGUGUGAGAGAGCGUCAGUCAUAUCCUGAUCAUCCAGAGAGAUUUGAUGUGUGUCAGGUUCUGUGUAGAGAGAGUCUGACUGGACGCUGUUACUGGGAGACUCAAUGGAGUGGAGAUGCUGAUAUAUCAGUGUCAUAUAAAGAAAUCAGCAGGAAAGGAAAGAGUGAUGACUGUGCGUUUGGACUCAAUUUAAACUCCUGGAGUCUGUGGUGCUUUAAUAACACAUUCACUGUCUGGCACAAUAAUAACAGAACUGACAUACGUCCCCCUUCACACGACUGUAAGAGAGUAGGAGUGUAUGUGGACUGUCCGGCCGGCACUCUGUCCUUCUACAGCGUCUCUGACACACACACACUCACACACUUACACACACUCAUCACCACAUUCACUCGACCCCUCUAUGCUGGAUUUAGAGUAGUUUGUCCAGAUUCCUCAGUGUGUGUGUGUGAAAUGGAUCAUCAGAGACACACACACACAACUGGAUGAGUGAAAUAUACUCACUGUAUCUCACAUCAACACAACUCCAAACUCUUUCUAGAAAUCAUUUCAUCAAUGAAACUGAUUGAAUUCAAUACAAUGACAGUACUUUGUGUCUCACUGUGAUGUGAUUGAACUUAUUUACUAUCAGAUUCAAUAAUAAAAAUAAUGAUUUGAAAUGAAUAAAUGAGUCUAUAUAUGAACUCUUUAUUAAACACACGGCACAUUCAGAUACUCAUUGUUUUAUUUAUACUAAAUAAACAUUUACAAAUACAGAAUUCUUGUGAUUUUUCUACAGUAUAUAAAUCUUAAUACUUAACAGACAAUUCUAGAAAAAACAGCUUCACACUUUUGCAUUCAUAAAUGGAUUUAUAAGAACUAAUUACAGGAUCAUUUAAAGUUGGUGUAAAUUUGACAGAUUUGAAGAGUUCACUCAUUGAUAAAAGUCAAAUGCUGUCAUCAUACACACACCCUCAUGUUGUUCUGAACCUUACACAUUUUUAUUCUGUGAAACACAAAAGGAAAUAUACGGCAGAACAUUAGAGACUGACAUUCUCAGUCACCAUUUACUUUCAUUGCAUCUUUCUUUUUCAAUUGAAGUGAUUGACUGAAAUUCAAUAUUGCAAAAGCUUCUGUUGUGUUUGACAGAAUAAUAACAUACAGGUGUGAAACAUACGGAGCCCGUAAGAGGACAGAGAGGAGGACUUUCCCCACCUGAUAUAUUUGACAUUUCCCUGCAAUAGUUUCUGAAACAGCACAUGGUCACAGUCUUGUGUUUGUAGAUCUGUUUGUGUAAUGUUGUUUAUAUUAUUAAUAAUUCCCUUUAAUUAUUUCAUGCUUGAAUUUGUUUAAUGUUUUAUUAGUUUUUUUAUAUCACAUUACAAAUACAACAUUCAACAAAUCAACACAUCGACCCACAGAGCUGAAAUAUUCUUCUGAAACACACACAACUGGGAUGGCAUGAGGGUGAGUAAAUGAUGAAUGAUUUCAUUUUUUGGGUGAACUGUCCCUUUAAACUCUCCAGAGGAUUCUGUGCAACUGUUCAAGUUAUAUUUGCACACAUCUCAUUUAGAAGAGAACAAGUGGACAGUCAUCCAUAUAAAAGCAGAAAUAAGUAUUGUGUGCUGUAGGCAGGACUGGAAUAGACGUCUGUCCAGGUUGACACAGGUUAUCUGUAAGUUCUCUGUCUUCAACUGGAGUCACAGAAAAACAGAAGAUCUGCAAUAAAUACACAAUGAAAUUCAAACAUUUCUAUACGAGCCUCUACAGGAUCA